AUGCUUGAUGAUGCUGACGGCAACACUAAAAAUAAUGAUAACAACAACAACAUUUCCCAGCAAUCAAAAUUCAUAAAUUAUCAAAAUUUCGACGAAACUAAUCAACAACGAUCAAUUGAUAACGAAAAUGAAAUCACAAAAUUACCAACAGUCUAUGUUCCAAAUACACAUUCAUACAUACGUAAUUAUUGCAAUAGUCUGCAUGAUGACAAAAUAAUAACAUUUGACCCAUCUGAAACCCUCUCUUCUUCUUCUUCCUCGCAACCUUCUCCGACAAACUUAAUGAAGCCAACACAAACAAAAACAUUUUCAUCGAUAAAAUCUUUAAACUAUACUUCAUCAACAACAUCACCCGGCAAUGAGGCAAAUAAUAAUUAUUAUAAGAAGAAGGAAACUCCAUUAAUAAAUAAAAUUUAUUCUGGACCAUCAAAUCAAAACUCUUCUCAAACUGUAGUUAUCAGUUUAAAUGAUUACCAUACUAAUGUGAGAAAGGUAAACAAUGAUCCUUAUAACAAUCACUCAAAAUCAUAUUUGUCAAAUAAUGAACCAUCAUCAUCAUUGCAAACGCCAAUGCCAACUAUAAUAAGACCUAAAAAUUCAUCAAUAUCCGAUUCUUUUAAAACGUUCCCUUCUUCAUCGCCAUCACCAUAUUCAAAUUAUGAAAAAUCUACUCGUAGUAAAAAAUUUGCUUCAAAACUUAUUUCUUGGACCAGUAAUCUGAACAAUAACAACAACAAAAAUGAUAAAGUUUUAACCCUUAAACAAAAUACUGAUGGUAAUAGUGUUGGGGAGUACAGUGCUAGCAGUAUGUAUAAUGACAGUGCUGCAGAAACAAGUAGUAGCAUAUAUAGUUAUAGUAUUGUAACAACAAAUAGUGAUGUAUACAGUGAUACUAGCAACGGUUAUAGUUAUAUUGAAGAUGAAAAGAUAAGAAAAAAUACAACUGCCAUUCCUAAUUCUUCCUCUUCGCCCAAUUUACAAAUUGUUUCAUUCGAUUCCCGAAUUCCAAAUUCAUUAAUACCUGAGUACGAUGAAUAUAGUGAGUACAGCGAAUAUAGCGAAUAUAGUGAAUACAGUGAAUAUAGUGAAUAUAGUGAAUACAGCGAAUAUAGUGAACAUAGUGAACAUGAUGCUCCCAAUCAUUCACGUUAUCUUUAUAGUGACAAAGAAAGUCUUUAUUAUAGUAAAAGUAAUUACUUUGACAUUAUUAAUAGUAUUUAUUACGGUAACGAAGAUGCUUAUAAUAGGGAUAAGAAUAAUGGCGAAGAUAAUGAUAAUCCAUCAGUUAAAUUACCAAAAAUUCCCAAAAUUAUUGUUAACAAGAAUUUAAGUAUAAAUUUUGAAAGAUUCAGUUUAUUUAAAAAUGCUCCGGGAUAUAUAGAUAAAGGCUAUUAUGAUAGUGAUAGUAAUUACCGUAGUAAGGGUAUUCGUAAUGGUAAUAAUCGUAUAGCCCAUGUUUAUCUUAAACCUGGAUCAAUACAAUAA